AUGACGCCUGAUCAGGCUUCCAACCCAGGCAACCCAAAAGUUUAUUUUGAUAUCUCAAUUGGUGGCGCCGACGCUGGAAGAAUCACCUUCGAGCUCUUCAAGAACAUUGUUCCCAAGACAGCUGAGAACUUCAGAGCAUUGUGCACUGGUGAAAAGGGAUUCGGUUACAAGGGCUCCAAGUUCCAUCGUGUCAUUCCCAAGUUCAUGUGUCAAGGUGGUGACUUCACCAGAGGCAAUGGGACAGGUGGGAAGAGCAUCUAUGGAGAAAAAUUUGCUGAUGAAAGUUUUGUCAUUGGGCACGCAAAACCAGGUCUGUUGUCCAUGGCAAAUGCUGGUCCAGAUACCAAUGGUUCUCAAUUUUUCAUCACUGUUGAAAAAACUGAUUGGUUGAAUGGAAAGCAUGUAGUUUUUGGGCAGGUCAUUGGAGGACAGGCAACUGUGGCAAAGAUUGAAGCAGAAGGAUCAGACAGUGGUGAAACAAGCAAUCCUAUCGUCAUAGCAGAUUGUGGUGCCUUAUAA